CGGUGACCGUAUUGCCAUCGUUAUCGCACGCAUCCGUUCGACCAUCAACCGACAUGUCGGACGAACUGAAUGUCAUCAACGAAGACGAGAAAUCUGGACGUGGGCUACGCAAAGUGUACGUAACCGCUGGUGUCGUCGGUGUCAUCAUGCUGAUCCUUGUGUCAGCAUUGACCAUUGCAUCCCCAGGCGACGACGCUUCCAGCACCGGAGCAUGCCACUCCGAGUCUUGCCACCUGCUGGGCGACCAACUGAAUGCAACAGUCAAUGCAGCGGAGCAACCUUGCGCCAACUUUUACCGUUUUGUAUGUAGCGGCCGUCCGCGAAACGUUACACCUGUCCGUGACAAAUGGGAGACCGUUCGCGAGGCGUUCUACAAAGUGGAAAGCAACCCAAGGAUUCCAUUCAAAGGUCAGACGGAAGCGCAAAAGUUUCUCACCUUCUACCUGUCUUGUUACCGUAGCUUGGCUCCGGGAUCAAGUAGCAUCAAAAACCUGAAGCGAUUCCUUCACUACUUCGACUUCCCUUGGCCCAAGGUUCACGUGAACACAUUGCAUGCAUUUGACCUUCUCAUACGAAUGGAGUUGGACUUCAACAUCGGUGCAUUUUUUAGGUUCGGUAUCUCACUGAAGCGAAAAAAUGCCUGGGACUUCUCGCUCAAGCCACCUAAGCCGAGCAAUUUUCUGUACUCGUCGACACGGAAAGAGAAGUAUAGACGGUACCUGGAUAAGGUGGUCAAGAUGAUGGGCGGUGGUAUCAAGCACAGUGGCACUGUGGACGCCAUCAUUCAGAUGGAAUCUGAUUUGUUCGAGUUGGCAGUCCUGGAGAGGAAGCAAAGGGUCCACAUAAAGAACCUGGCACUCCUGACAAAGGUGGUAACACCCCAAGUAUGGAUGGAAACAUUCAGCAAGUACUACAUCCUAUCCCAGUUUCUUGGCAACCACACGAUGGUGAUCACAAGUCCGGAGUAUUUCCGCAGGCUGUUCAGUGCUUUAGCAAAGAAGGAAGGCGCCUUGUACUUAGGGUGGCGGCUGUUACGUUUCGGCGGAUGUUUUACCAACGAGAUUCGCGCUCUUGAAGAGACCAACCAGAUGUCAGUAGAUACGUGCAGCCAUCCAGUGUACGACCCUCGUGAUUUCUGUAAAGAUUAUGCCUCAAGAAUGAUGCUGCCUCAGUACUUGGCUUUCCUGACAGAAGCACUUACCAGUCGCCAGGAGAUUAGUGGUGUGUCGGUUAUCGUAGAGAAUGUUCACAGAGAGAUCAUCAAGGGUCUUAGUCUUAAUCCGUGGUUGGAUAACGCCACCAGAACUGUAGCGCUUAGCAAACUGAAUAGUAUCGAAAUCGCUCUGCCAGUAAUUGGCGAAAAGAGAAACAAGAGCACAUUUUCAGUGCCAGACAUGGGUGCGGACUUCCUCGGCAACUGGGUGCGAGUAGUGCCUGAAGCUGGCUUCCCUGCACGUGAUUAUCAAAUCGAUGAGGCGAUAAAGCGCCUAUACGACGAUGACAUUCAAUACAAUGCGCAAAGCAACACUCUCCACGUCCCUAUAGGCAGUAUGAAACUUCCAUUUCAUGCAACGGAUCUUCCAGCUUCAGCAACGUACGCGUCGUGCGGACGAGUUGUGGCUCAUGAACUGCUCCAUAGCUUGGACGACGACGGCCAUUGGUGGUCGGAGGAGUUUACCGAGAUACACAACGCGCGAGCGGCUUGUUACGUGCGGCUUUACGAGAUGAUUGGAAACGUCACCAACAGUACGACGCAAGAAGACGUCAUUGACAGCGCUGCAGUCAGGUACGCUUAUGCGGCGUUCAAGGCAGCCCUGCCUCUGGACAGAGUGUCCAACACUUUGGGUGGCCUGGAGCCUUUCAACGCAGAACAGACUUUUUUCAUUACAUACUGCUACAGCUUCUGCGAUCAGCAACACGGCGAAGGGGCGAUGGAGUACCGUUGCAAUAUACCCUUGAUGAACAUGGAGGAAUUUGCUCAUGCUUUCUCGUGUGGACCGAAAGAUGCUAUGAAUCCUAGUCAGAAAUGCUACUUCUGGUGAAACGUGUAAAUAAAGAGUGCGGUAACGUA